AUGACCGCAUUUCAUGCUGGCCUUUUAACACAGGAUGCCAUGCUGCUCAUUAAGCACCAAGUUCUUGAUGGAUACUCUAGAGAUACAAAGGCUCUUCUUGGCUUAGACCUAGAGAAGGUCUUUGACAACAUCAAGCACGAAUUUAUCUUGGAGACUGUGGCGAAACCCGAGCUUAGACCCAGGCUGUACAACUACAUCAAGCCCUUCUUGUCUGGAAGAAAAGCGAGGCUGGGCAUCGGGAACUUCUUCUCUGAAGACGUACCACUCGGACGUCGAGGCACACCCCAGGGGUCUGUGGUUUCUCCAGUGCUGUUCAAUCUCUGCAUGAUCAGACUGUCGAAAAGUCUGGCUAGCGUGGACAGCAUCAAGCAUACCAUCUACCCCGACGACAUCACAAUCUGGUGCGUUUGCGGCAGCGAAGGCUGGGUGCAAGAUGCCCUUCAAGGAGCAGUUGCCGAGGUGGAAUCGUACUUGCGCCAAACGGGACUCAGAUGCUCACCCGCCAAGUCGGAGCUCCUGCUCUAUAGAAAAUAA